CAAGUGUCGAAACUGUCGACAAUGUCUUGUUUAACUUUUCUUUUUCUAUAUGCAGGGCUAGUCAGUCAGGCUACCAACGUGUUUAGUAUUCCAUUAUCGCAGGAUGUGCGAGAUGCCAUUGAUGAGUAUGUUUCCCAGAAACAACAGUUCCGGUCGAAUGAUGCUCUAAUUCUAAGCAAUCGCCUAGAGGAAAUGGAGAGUAUGCGGGCAAAAGAUGUGGAAUUUCUUACCGAUCGCCUAACGGAAGUGGAGAAUAUGCGGGCAAAAGAUGUGGAAAUCCUCACCAGUCGCCUAGCGGAAGAGGAGAAUAUGCGCGCCAAAGAUGUGGAAAUGCUUACCAACCGCAUUACGGAAGUAGAGAAUAUUCGCGGCAACGAUUUGCAAUUGUUCACCAAUCGCCUACUUGAAGUGGGGAAUAUGCGCGCCAAAGAAUUGGAGAUAAUCACCAGUCGCUUAACGGAAGUAGAGAACAUGUGCAACAAAGAUGUAGAGAUCCUAACCAGUGGUAUACCGGAAGUGAAGAUUAUUAGCUCUAAAGAAGUGCAUGCCCAGAUCAAUCGUUCAUCGGAAGUGGAGAGUAUUUACGGCAAAAACGAUGUGAAAGAUUUGACCAAUCGCUUAAAGGAUUUAACGAAUAACAAUUCCAAAGAUGUUAAGACACUUACAAAACUUCCCGCGGCAUUUCAAGCUCAAAGCAUUGCCAAACGAACACCAUUAAAAAUGAGGCCAAGAGUAGCAUCCGUCAUAGACUGGGUAGCUUUCCAUGCAAUACUGCCUGUCACAAUACAUGACCCGGCCCCUGGACACAUCGUCCCAUAUUCUAACAUGAAAACAAACAUUGGAACCGGAUAUGACGCAAAAACCGGGGUAUUCACUUGUAACACACCCGGAUUAUACGUGUUCUCGUGGAGUAUCCGAAUCGCAGAACCAGCACAUGGACUGGAAACAGAGCUCAUACUCAAUGGCGCGACAGUUGGGUACAACACCUCCGGUGGUGGGGACAACAGUGCUUGGGGAUACGGUUCUGCUACUGUGACUCUGUACCUUCAGGAACGAGAUGAGGUUUGGGUCCGGUCUGCUGAAAAAGUUGCAGGGGUAUCAAUUGUAAGUAAUAGCAUGUUCACCGGGUUUCUUCUACAUACCUGAAUCCAGCUGAAGAUAUGAUGGGCUUUCCUUUUUCUUUCACUUGUUAGACAAUAAACAGCGUUGU